UACUUUGAAUGCAAUUAUAAUUUACGAUUGGCGCUGUUAUCGGGUUGUCACGAGCUCGUGAUUGUGGUACCAAGAGUAAACAAACAUGUUUAUGAAGAGCGGAGUGAAUUUUAGUAAAUGAAUUUGUUAUCCAAUCAGUAUCUGGAUAUUCGAAUCGGAAGGAAAGACAGUGCAAGGUAUAAUUGAAGACAGAACAUGCCGCUUCCUGCUGCUUUAGCUGCACGACUCGCGAAGAGAGGACUCAUUUGUGGCUCCGAGAAACAUGAAUCCGCGAGGAAAGAAUCGAAGAAAAGGGUCCACGAAGAAGUAAUCGCGGAGGAUUAUGACAGUACAAAAGACGAGAUUAGUCCAAUUGAUAUUUCUCAAAAAUUCAUGGGAUACAGUGGCUGUCCCAAUAAAUACAAUAUUUAUCAUGAUUGUACAAAGAAAUGUAAAGAAUUAUGGGGACUCGGGCACAUACAGCCUUUGGAUAAAUACUUGAAGAAACAAAUGCGUCUUAUACAGAAGUAUCCUUUGCCGGAGACAUGGAAAGCUGUUUACGAUCCAGGGAGCGGUCAACAUUAUUACUGGGACUGGUCAUCUGAUCUGGUAUCCUGGUUACCACCAGGUCAUCCAAAAUGUCAGAUAUCUCAGCCAGCAUCUCAAUUAAGAGAGGAGUUACAUCUUAAAGCAGCGGAGCAGGAUGAUAACUUGUCGAGCGACGAUAGUGGUAGCGAUCAAGAAUCGAUGGAAAUGGAUGAACCAGAUCCGAAAAAAGACAGGAAAGUAGAGAACAGAUUGAGACAUAAAUCAAUAGAUAAUAAGAGAGUACAGAGAUUGGAUAGAUCUGAUAGUAAAGAUAAAAAAGACCGCACACUAGACCCCAUGGAUCCAGCAUCUUAUAGCGAUAUUCCACGGGGGAAGUGGUCAGAUGGUUUAGCAAGGCACAACGAAGCCAAAACAGGAGCAGACACAACUGCUUCAGGGCCGCUGUAUCAGAUGAGGCCGUACCCCAGUCCAGGGGCUGUACUUAGAUCGAAUAGAGCUAAUAAAACAGAAUCAGAAUCGUCUAAUAAAUCGAAAGUGUCGGGUCCCGAAAAACCAGAAUAAAAGCUUUAACCUUU